CAUCUUUUUGGCCCCUCUGAUGGCGGCGUCCAUGGUCUUUGAGUCUCUGAAGCGUGUUUGUUUAGACUAAAUUUGGACUUUUCGUGUGAUUGAUGGUGAAAUUUUGAAAUGGAUUCAUCCCAGCCUGAUGGUUUGGUGAUGAAGGAGAUAGCUCAAGUCAGUGAGGCAGGAGGGGACAUUGUUGAGCCUGGCAACAAGACUCUUCUUAAUGGGAAAACUAAUAUCAAAGAUGUUCCUGAAUCACAUCCUUCAACAGACUUUGCUAGUGUGCUAGCAAAAGAAAAUUCACCCCCUCACCUCAGUCCUAUUUCUUCUGCUUCUAGUGAAGAUACUGUUGAUUUAAUUGACAGUGGAACAGAGAAGGUGAAAAAGAAUGACAAAGAAUCAGCAGCGGUUUCAGAGGUUAAAAUGAAUACGGAAAAUGUAGAUACAUCACAAAUAGACUCUUUAUCUGCUACCAGAAGUGAAGUGAAAUCGGAUGCAAUUAGUGAAAUUAAUUUAGAAAAAACAAGUGAAAAAAUAUUUCCUGUAAAUGAAGAUGCUUCAAAAGAUAUUGAACUUAAUGACAGUGAUAAAAGUAAGUCAUCAACAGAUUCUGUUCCCACUGAGACUCUGUCCCAAGAUGUACCAAAGCUUGAAGAAAAUGAUAAAGAAAAGUCUGAAGCUUUAAAUCCUGCUCAGUCUGCAUCUCUGUUGGACAACAGUCCAGCUAUACAAACAACAUUCCAAAAGAAACUAGACUCGGAACUUGAAACCAGUGCCAACACAACACUCGCUAAACCUGAGUGUGUUGAAAAGGGAAAGGAUGUGGUUCCUGCUCAGAUAUUUGAAGACAUCACUGAAGAUGAAGAGUCUGGUGAGGAGGCUUUUGAAAACAUUGAGCUGGAACUCGAUGACCUCAUAGACCAUGCUGAUUUGUCCAAGAGCAAUUUAAGUAGCACUUCUAAGACUGAAAUCUCUAGCAAACACUCUAAUAGGACAAAUAAUGAAACCAAUCAUAUGUGUACCAAAACAACUGCCAGCACUGUGAUACAAGACAGUUCAAACACAAACAGUGAAAAUAUAAACACUGUAACACAAUCUGACCCAAAAAAUGUCAAUGGACUGGGCCCGGCCAAAAAGCCCAAAGUCACUGCCAGGAAAUCUGGUAAACCAGAGUCUCUGCCAUUGAAAAUUAAUCUACACCCCAUUAAAAACAUUACAAUGACAUUAACUGAAGUAGAAAAAGCCUUAGAUGUUCCAUCACGAGAAGUGGAUAGCUUGAGACUGGUGAAGAAUUCUGACAUGAUAAAGUCAGAAACUUAUGUCACAGAUGGAAAUGGUGCCUUAAGAACUUUAGCUGGUCAAAAAAAGAAAAGAAGAAAAAAUACUUAUGACUUUCCAGGCUGUAAGAAAAAGUCAAAGAAAUUCAAAUCUGACGAAAGUGUCGGGUCCUCAGCAGAUAGUGUUUCCUUGUCUGACAGUGAUUUUCCGGAGGCCAAGUCUAAGGAGACCAUUCCAGCCGAAACUGCUCUGGAAAAAGACGUCACAGUCAAACCAGAAAAAACAGAAUCUGCUCUGGAUAUAUUAACAAAAAAUGCUGCUUUGGGUUUUGUGAAGAAGCCCAAACCUUCCUCCCAUUUGUCUACUCCCAGGACUUUGACAGGUAAAAGUGGCAAGAUGAAAUCUGUACUGGAAAUGCUGCAUGAGAGAAGCAGACAAAAAGCAGAGUCUGAUGACUCCAAGACCUCCCCAGCGAGUAGUUUGACUUCUACUCCUACUACAAAUACUACCACAACUACAAAUAUAGUAUCAUCACCAUCCAAUAAACCUAGUGUAGAAGGCGUUAAAAGAAAAGGCACUCCCAGGAAACGGAAAGAGGAUGUAAUAUGUUUGUCAGAAACUGAAGACAUCUCCGAGUUGGUAUUUACUGUUGAAGGCAAGAAAAGAAAAAUCUCCUCUGAGGUAAACAGUGUGCACCCAGCAUCACCCCUCCAGACCAAGACAAGUCCCAGUUCUGCUCAUUCUCCAGUAGUGGUAGUAGUAACCCAGCACUCAGUCUCUCCAGGGCUUCGCUCUCUUCUCCCUCGACAAUCCUUUGUCACAGCCGGAACAGCUUCUACAGGCAGCACGCUCCCUCACAUCUCCACCCUGCCUAUCGGGGCAAAGGCUAUCAGCAUGUCCACUUUGAUGCCCAAGGCCACUGCUUUGCCAAAAACACCUCAGGGUCCACAGCCAACAAUGACAUUUUUUGCACCAGUGGCCAGUGUUGGCUCAGGUCUCACGCCUAUUCCAGUGACCUUUGCAGGCGCUAAUCUGGUAGUUGCUCAGCAGAAAUCGCCUUUUUCAUCAUCUAGUAAAAGUGUGAAAAACUCAUCUCCGUCAAACUUAGUGUUACCUUCAUCUUCCGCUUCCAAGUCUAAAAAAAAAGACUUCUCUCGACACAAUUCAGACUCGUUAAGAGCUCUCCUUGUCGGGCAGCCGUACACAUUUCCUAAGGGCCCUCCAUCCAACUCUCCACAGCUUCCUGCUGCACCAGUGUUGUUUCAGAUGAUCACCACACCCUCAGGAACGAACUUUGUUCCCGUCGCUGCCCAGCCUAUGGCCAUUAUACCCUCCUCUUCAGCUCCUAAGAUGCUCAAACCAGCCGUGGUGCCAAAGUCUAAUUUCUCCAUCAUCAAGUCACAUCCAGCCAAUGCACUCAACGGUGUAUCCUGCUUAACUCCCCCUAAAACUCCAGAAUCUGAUGGUUCAUCAGAGGUAGCAGUAGCUGCUACUUUAAGUCGGCCAGUGUCAGGACAAGUUGAGGAUAGUGAAGUUAUCCCUCUUUGUUGUUGUAAAAUCAAUGGUGCUUCAUUCAGUAAACUAUUUUCUGGUGUGACAUAUUGUCAGGCAUUAGACACUGUAGAUAACAAGGUAUUAGGUUGCUGUAAUAAGGUAACCAACUCGCAGCUUGUGCGUCCUGGAGUCAAAAUUCCAUUUAUGGCAGUGUGUGAAGUACAUAGGAAACGUCUGAAGUUGCACCAGUGUUGUCCUGGUUGCGGACAUUUUUGUUCACAAGGAAAAUUUCAGCAGUGUCGCAAGGAAGGCAAGUCUUCGGUUCAUAAUUUCCACAAGCAGUGUAUGUUCUACAGGGGAGGGAAGUAUUACUGUCCACACUGUGGAGAAGAGACAUGUCAGCGUGAGGUGGAGCUCAAACUCAAUGAUAACAAAUCAUCCGAUGGAGCGACCCCGUCAUCAUUAGGAGCUACCAAGAAGGAGGCAGAGAGAAGAACCGCACGUAUUGGAUUCAUCAAAAGUAAGUCAACCAAUGACCAGCCCACAGAAAAAUCUAUAGCUCUCAAAAAUAGUAGGAUUAUUAAUAUAGGAGCAUUGCCUUUAGGACCUGAUCAUCAACUUCUGACUAAACUCUGUCGAUGUUCUACUGAAGACAGACCUAAAAAAUACAGGAGCAUUCCAAAAGAUCUUUACACACCAGCAUUGGAAGGAGAUAUGGAAAAAGUGUUCUAUUUAUUGAUGGAUGGCCUUGACCCAAAUAAAAGGUACGAGGAGCAUGAUGAUCAAACAGCCUUGCAUGCUGCGGCUACAAUUGGCAGCCUUGGCAUAGUCUUUAUUUUAGAGCAGUUUGGCUCAGAGAUCCAUGCCCAAGAUAGGACUCUAAGAACUCCUAUGAUGUGUGCUGCAGAAAAUGGCCAUGUCAGUGUUGUACAGUUUCUAAUCAAGUCUGGAGCUAAAGUAGAAGACAGGGGUGAAGAUGGCAUGACGAGUCUUCACUAUGCUGCCAAAGCUGGUUAUACUGAUGUAAUACAGCACAUCCUGGAGACAGAACAGGUGGAUGUAAACAUUCAGGAUGAUGGUGGCUGGACUCCUAUAAUUUGGGCCACAGAGUCUCAACUGACUGAUGUAGUGAAAUAUCUAAUUAAACAAGGAGGAGACCCAAAUAAAAAAGAUAAUGAGGAGAACACAGGUCUCCACUGGGCAGCAUUCUCUGGCAGUUUAGAAAUUGCCAAAAUGUUUAUUGACCUGGGAUGUGAGAUUGAUGCCAUCAACGAACAUGGAGAUAGGCCACUUCAUAUAGCUGCAAGACAAGAUCAUUAUGACUUAGUCGUUCUACUACUGGCAAGAGGAGCUGAUGUAGAUACUAAGAAUAAUAAAGAUGAAACACCAGUUGAGUGUUGCAUGAACAAGUCUGGCCAGGUUUGGAUGGCUCUGAAAGUCAAUCAACAACUGCGAAGCUUUGCAGCUAGAAAGUUAAUCAGGCCUGAAAAAUUAGUGGAAAGAGAUAUAACAAUGGGCAGAGAGAAGAAUCCAAUAGCUUGUGUGAAUGCUGAAGACAACGAAGCCUGCCCCACUGAUUAUCUGUAUGUAACUGAGAAUGUAGAGACCUCGCCACUCAAUGUCAACUAUGUCAUUACUAGUUUACAGAGCUGCAGAUGUAAAGAUGAUUGUUCCUCUAUGUACUGUGUUUGUGGACACAGCAGUGUCAGGUGUUGGUAUGAUAAGAUGGGUAGACUAGUAGAUGAGGUGAAUCUGCUGGAGCCUCCACUUGUAUUUGAGUGUAACAGAGCAUGUCGCUGUUGGGUGAACUGCAAUAACAGGGUUGUACAGAAUGGCAUCACAUGUCGUCUCCAGAUGUUCAGAACAAAUGGUCGAGGAUGGGGAGUCCGAGCUUUGAUGGACAUCCCUAAAGGAACAUUUGUUUGCGAAUAUAUAGGAGAGCUGAUUUCUGAUUCUGAAGCUGAUAGAAGAGAGGAUGACUCGUACUUGUUUGAUUUAGACAACAAGGAUGGUGACACUUACUGUAUUGAUGCGAGAAAGUAUGGCAAUGUCAGCCGUUUCAUCAACCACCUGUGUGAACCCAACUUGAUUCCAGUCAAAGUCUUUGUGGAGCACCAGGACCUUAGGUUCCCUAGGAUUUGUCUCUUUUCUUCAAAGGAGAUCAAGGCUUAUGAGGAAUUAGGGUUUGACUAUGGUGAAAAGUUCUGGAUGAUCAAAUGGAAACAUUUUACUUGUGCUUGCAACUCCCAGAAGUGUAAAUAUUCCAGUGAGACUAUCAAGAAGACUUUGGCAGAUUAUAAGCUGCGCUAUCCUGACGAAGUAGUGGAUACCUGAACCGUUCAAGCAAUGAAUACUGGAAUAUUAGAGUCUUAGAUAUCUUACUAUAUGAUGACAAUUAGUUGAUAAAAUGAUGUCAGCCGAGUGAUGAAAUGAAUAAAUAAAUUCAAACCUGAAGAAGUAUUGGAUUACUAACAAUAUUCUGUCAAAGUGUGUGAAUGGGAUCAGUAUUCUGAUAAAGUAUGUUUAUGUAAAUGGAUAAAUAAACUUGUUUCAGGUGGACAACUAUGAACUAAUGGCUGGCCAAACUUUAAUGUUUGUGCAAGGAAAGAAAUUCUGGUUUAAAAAAAAAGUUAAUUAUAUAUAUUUUUUUCUGAUAUAGUAAAUAUUAGAAUUAAUUCAGAUAUUGUGGAUAACAUUAUUAUAGUAAAGCAGUUUAGUUCACCCAUGUAGUACUAACCUACCUGAUUCAAAGUAUUAGUUAUUCACUAAUCCCGAGAAAGUAUUACUUAUACUUUAUCCCCCAGAAGUUAAGUUAGUUCCUUGUAUUCACUACAACCUGCGGAUUUGAAUGCCAGCAAUAGCAAGAGCUUAUACUUGUUGUUUACAACUGUUAUUUUGUUCUGUUGAUGAGUGCAGGAUCAUAGUGUCUGCACAUUUGUUGUUCAUGUACAUUUUGGUCUGUCCUGUUGAAAAACUUAAAACCACAGCUCUAUGUUCCUAUGGUUCAACCCUUGGCUCAUUUCACUUGUGUGAUUUGUAAAGGUGAAUAGUAACAGUACAAAUUAUGUUAUCUAAUUGCACUUUGUAGUUCUUGUUCAUCCUUAGAAGUCAUUAGAACUUACUAUUUGAGGAAAAAAGGUCCUACCUAUUAAACUAAAAGUAUUCCACUAACAGUUUGGACAAUAUUUCUUUUAUUUUUGAAAGCCCCCCCCCCCUUUUUUUUUUCUUUUCAACACAAUUACUUUUGAUACAAACAUUUUUAUGAUAGAUAGCUUCUAAAUAAUUUAUAUUCAUCUGUAUUAUUAUUAUUUGUUAUUAUUCCUACAAAGGAUGCCAUUGUGCAUAAAUGUAUGAUAGACGGAUGUAAAUUUGUGUAGUUUGCAGACUAUUCUAAUUGUACACAGAAUGUAGGUAAGAUAGGAAUACUACAUCUUUAUCAGUACCUGACAUAGCCAGGCUCAUGAUGAAAGCUUAUGAAGGUAUAUUAGUUCUUAUUCUACUUUCUACCUUUUAGAAUGGGCUCUAAGUGCUUCACACUUCAACCACUGUAAACUCCUGAACAUUCUUCCAACUGUGAGGGUCUGGCUCUGUCAGGCAAUGUAUUUCAUCUCUUGUAUGUGACACAUGUCAUGUGACUGAUAUUGUGAUAUAUUUUCCUUGUGUUAAAAUCCGGUCGCUAGUUGAUAAACAAACUAAACUUGUACAGUGUUAAGCCUUGACUCCUGGACUUUGUUUCAUCUAUGAUAUUUACUAGGAAGAUUGCAAUUGGGCUCAUGUUGACACUCUACAACUAUCUCCAGUGUUAAUCAAGAGAAACAUCAAAAUGGUAUAUAUAUUUUUCUCAACUUUGACUGCAUAUUUUUUUGAUGAUAAAUGCUCACUAAGAACCUUAGGAUAAUUCUUCAAGUCAUUGUGAGUCUUAAUCUCUUCCUUAGGGCACCUAUCUAAUUCAUAUACAGACAUUCUUUCUGUGCAAGUAUGUGCAUCUUGUAAAGGUUAGCUUGUAAUCAUUUUCUUCUUGGUUCAGGUGAAGUACCCUUGUUCCCUUUUGUAUGCAUUUUGAGAAACAUUGUUAAAAAUUCUGUGCAUGAAUCUAAUCUAAAUGCUGUAAGUAUUGAAUACUGGUAUUCAUCACAGCUAGCCUACAUGUUAAUUUUUUUUAAUUUUUUUUUUUUUUUUGGAUCUGGUAUCAAUCUUCACAACUUAGUAAAAAAAAUUUAUUUAAAAAAAAAAAUGUUUAUUUCUUACAAUGAAAUGUAUUAUUGAAUAAAAAAUGUAAUAUAGUAUGUAAUAAUUGUGUUUAAAAUGUUGACCUACUUGUAGCAUAUGAUUGGUAUGAACUAUGAUGACUAUUUACCAAGUAUAAACUAUAAAUAGCUGUGUAUCUGAAUUGUAUAAACUACCUCUUAUUCAUUGCAAACAACGUGUUAGAAUUAGUGCGGGAAUUCCCAUUUCUAUUUGUAGACUUAAGAUUUUCUGAAAAUAAAUAAAUAGUAAAAUCAAUUCUGUUGAAGAUUGUACUUUAUCCAAAGCUUUGGUCUCAUUGUUCUUUAAGCACAACUAGCAUAUAAACUGAUCAGGUUUUGUUUUUUUCUUGACAACUCACUGAGUCCUCAGAGAUAUUAAAUGGGAUGUGUGAUGGUAGCAUACAUUGCUUGUCUAUCUCUGAAGGGUAUUGAAGUUCCAAUGCUGACUGGAGCUGAGCUGUGUUUGCUUAGGACAGCAUGGUUACCUCCCAGAUACUCCCCCCCACACCUCAAUGGGGUAAGAGAUUGAACCAGAGUGCACUGAACAUCAUAGCAGGAAACAUUGUGCUGUGCAAAAGUAAUUAAAAAAAAAAAGGGCUUCUAGAUUUGUGUUGUCAAGACAAGAACUCAGUUGUAAAUAUCUAGGUUAUUACAAACUCUGGAACAUUGUAUUUGAGGGCUUGGCCAUUGCACCUCAUUGGGACAUAGUGAGGUUGGGCAGCCCUGAUUGAGUUGUUUCAUGUCCAGAACCAUUUUUUUGUUUACACUGUCUGAUGAUGACUAUCACUAUUGUUCUAUAAUCUUGUUAAAUGAGUGAGGUGUUGUCAUUCUUCAAGAGGUGUGUAGCCUUCUAGUCUAAACCUGGCUAGUAGAUCUAUAUCUUGUAGUAGUCACACACUUCAACCAUCCCAUGCUUGUAGUGACCAAAUACCAAAUCCUUCUUUAAACACAAUUGUAAAUAAUAUUUUUUUUUGGUCCUUUCUUCAUUGUAUGAAACAUUUUUUUUAUCAUGAUAUAGUUUCAUUGACACAGUUCAAGUUGUAAUUAAUCUUCAUGUUAACUGUCAUUUCUAAAUCUGUAUAUGAAUAUAGCUGAUGGUUCCAGCUCUUGUCCAUAGACUGCAUGGCCACACAAUCAACUAGGAACAUCUGCUAUCUUGCUGCCUUCAAUGUCCCACAUCAGAUUGUGUCUCUAAGAAUUCAAUUGUAUGAGUUCUUCUAUUUACAUGACCCUAGAUGGCAUAAUGAGAUUGGUUCUAGCUUUUUUUUAAAAAUUCUCUUCCUUUUACACUGACAUUUUUAAUGAUUGAUUUGGAAUCAGAAGAGAUGGGCGUUCUAUUUAUAGAUUUGAUACUAGUUUUGGUGUGCAAGUCCCAUUCUUUUCUGGGUUGAUGUAAUGUUGGGUAUUUGUGAUUGAAGCUUCUUUUUUUUUGUUUUAUUAACAUUGAAUGCAUGUAUAUUACCAAACUGUUUGACUCCCAUCUUAUUGUUUGUGUGGAUUUAUACUCUAGGUUAAACUGUGUUUAACUUGGGUAUAUUUUAUUUUGUUAGGUGUGUGUAUCUGAAUGAAGACACAACUUUUGGUUGAUAUUCUGCAGUGAAAUGAAUGGCACCCUAGAAUUCUAUUCAUUUAGUUGAUUAUAUCCUGUACCAGUUAAACAGAUGCUGUAAUGCAUUUGAAAUUGUAUGGGUGAGAAUCCAUUCUGAUAUGUCUAUUUUAAAAAUUUUGAUAUUUUUAACAUGUUUUUUUUUGUCAUCAGUAAAAUUAAAUUUCACUAUUCUAUAA